AUGGCAGUGUCUCACAAAAUCUCCGAUGCCGAUUGGCAGAAACACAAGCCGACCAUCUGUCGCCUGUAUAAGGACGAAGACAUGCCCAUGACCGAAUUGAUAGAGGUGAUGUCCACCGAGCAUGGCUUCAAGGCAAGCAAGCCUCAAUACAUGAGGCGCUUCAAAGAUUGGCACGUUCAGAAGAAACGGACAAGUGCCUUCUGGAAAGACCUCAUCCUGGGCCUUAAACGCAAGAAUCUCCUGGUUGACGAUGUUGAUGUCUUCUUGGAUGGGGAGCUAAUUCCAAACAAAAGACUGAAGAGGCAGCUUUCGAGAAAUGACCCUCCCACGUUGAUGCAAACGAUCGUGAGGCCUCGAACUCCAGAAGGGAUAUUCAUCCGCCCAAGGACGCAGAUACCCCGAUGUCUCCUCAUCUCGCUGCCAUGGCACGAGAUAUGUACUCGGCUCGAAUUGGCCAUGACAAGUUGGGCAAGGAAAGAAAGUCGUUCUCCGUCACCUAUGCCAUCCGCUGUCCUUGAUAUCAGCGAUGAUUUACUGGGAUUGGGGUACAAUGAAAUCUGGCGAGAAGAUAUUCUCGGAUUCACUAAGGAGACCGGAACGGAUCAACCUUCGUUUCCUUAUCCCGACUUUGCACAUCAUCGUCUUCAGAUACAGAAGGCUUCCAGAGACAGUAACAUCGUCAGUGCAGGGAUUACCAACCUCCUGAAUCUAUCACCAUGGUGGUCUAGCCGAGAGAUUUUGGCAUAUAUCAUGGCUCACCUCGCAACAUACAUGCCCGAAAGAUGGCCUGGGGAGACCGAAAACGUCGUCAAUCAACUAAUAGACCCCCAAUCGACAAUGAGGAUGCAAAUCUUCACAUCAUUCGCCGCACUUUUGCUCGCCAACAAUAUUCUGGCGCGGGACGAAGUUAAAGCCUUUGUCAUAGCUCUCGACGAGAUGGCUGAUUCUAGUGCUUUUGAAAUGCUCCGGUUGGGAGAGGACCCCAGCACUCGCGCCAUCAUAUCCGAACUCCUGUUUGCAGCCGUGAGGUUGGACAAGUCGAACCUAGUGAAAAGUGCGGUGAAGAAUGGGGCAAAUGUGAAUCAGUGGUCCACUGGCUUCGACUCGAGAACGUUGAUUGUGGAGGCAGUUUUGUCGAGAAGCGUUCGCGCUAUUGAGGGUGAAACGGUCGAGAUGCUUCUUCGGAUUGGGGCGACGGUCAAUGAAUGUGACCUCUCAUACUAUCAUGGUGAAGAGAUUUCCAGGGCGUCGGUGACGCCUCUUUGCGCAGCGGUAUGUUCUGACAAUGCCGACAUGGUCAAACUCCUCCUCAACUAUGGUGCAGACCAAAAUGGGCCAAUAAUGCGAAAACAUGAGCGUCUCAUGAAAACCUUGGGAGAGAGGGUUUACAUGUCUCCCCUCCUGGUUGCUGCUCAGUAUGGGACUUUGGACAUGGUCAAACUACUGCUUGCGCAUGAUGCGGAUCCAAACUGGUCGACCUUGGGCAUUCUCGAUGAAAGGACAAGGAAAAAAGUCAUUCAAGAAAUAGCAGCUGGGCCAGGGAAUAGAUUCGACGAGCAUCCUCCAUUUCAUUUCCUCUUCCCAAUACAGGCUGCAGCCAGCCUUGAGGAUCCAGCCAUCCUGGAAUACCUCCUGGACAAUGGGGCAACAGCGAACCCAGAAUAUGGCACGCCUCCUUUGUCGAUUUCUGCAUACUAUGGGAGAGAGGCGACCGUCGACAUGUUGAUCGGGCGGGGAGGCAUGGUCAACCUGGCCGACACGCAAGAUUGCAGCAUGUCUCCCCUUGAGGGAGCAGUGUCUUCAGGGAAUGAAAUCAUAGAGCUGAUCUGGAUCGAUGCUCAUCCGGAAGAGAGGGAGGCACAGCGCUUCAACAGGCCGCAGAAAGAGGCUUCGGGGCCAUAUUCGACCUGUUACGAAAGGGCUGGUGCCAAUCUCGACUGCUGCUCAUAUCAUUCAAUAGCUAUUCUUCAAGGAUUCGUCAGUCAACACAACUAUGACCGGACACUGGAGUUGCUGAAAGCCGGCGUAUCUCCAAACGGCAAGUCUAGGGAUGGAUCCUCGCCGUUGAUAGCAGCCAUUUGGAAUCAAGACUUGAUUCUCAUGUCCCUUUUGCUUGAAUGGGGCGCAGAUGCUAAUGACGCAUCCUGCAUACCCGACCCCUGGCAGAACGAAACGGAGUUACUUGAUCGACAGAUUUGCGGCUGUUUACCUCCCAUCCACUGGGCAGCUGCUAUGGGCAACUUGAGCGCUGUAACCAUUCUGUGCAAUGCUGGCGCCGACGUAAACAAGUCUGACUCAGAUAAGGAAUAUUCUCAAGACACUAACGGCUUAACCGCCUUACAACUCGCGGUAGAAGCCAAACGCAGAGACACUGUCGAAUUUCUUCUCGACCAUGGAGCUCAGGUCAAUGUUGGCGCCUGCAAUCGUCACCCGUCAUCGCCGAUAAUUGCUUCAAUCGCAAAUUUGGACCUUGAAAUGACAAAAGUAUUGCUUCAGCAUGGAGCAGAUCCAUACUUGGAGGCCCAAUGUGCGACCACAAAGAACUGGUCGUGGAGGAAAUAUCCUCGACUCGCUCUUGAGGAAGCAUGUAGCCGGGGGGAUACCCAGAUGGCACGGCUUUUGGUAUCAUCUGGGGUCGAUGUCAAUGUUGGAUAUCCUCUAUUCUUCACUCUUGAUCCGCGGAGCAUAUGCGAGGGGAUAAAGGAGGCCGAGCAGAGAGCCCAGAUAAUGGAGCUGCUGCUCGGCUGUCACAUCGACGUCAAUCGCCGACCCCCCGAGCAAAACACUCCUUUGCAGGCCGCACUCAGUUAUGCCUACCACAUUGAUGCCGGACGCACCGUAGCACUGCGGUGUGCUCGCACACUCAUUGAACUAGGUGCUGAUAUCAACGCUGCGCCAUCAGGUGAUCGGUUCGGGAGGACGGUGCUUCAACUUGCUACUCAGCUGCAGGAUGUUGAGUUCGUUCAGUAUUUGCUAUCAGAGGGGGCAGCAGUCAACGCUCCAGCUGUGCCUAGGGCUGGAGUCACAGCUUUGCAAGCUGCUGCGAUCCAAGGAUCCUUGGGCAUUGCACAAAUUCUUCUGAAACAUGGCGCUGAGAUUGAUGCCGAUCCAAGCCCCGCAGAGGGCAGACGAGCAAUCGACGGAGCAGCAGAAACGGGACGCAUCGACAUGGUGAAAUUGCUGCUGGACAACUACGAUGGACCUAGACCCAUCUCCAAGGUGUGCCAGAGUGCAAUGGAGUACGCAAAAGAUAAGAACCAGUGGUAUGUUAUGGAAUUGUUGGAGUCUUAUACGCCGCCGCAGCGAUGA